CCUUCUUCUCUUUCAGUUUAUAGGUCCUCCACACACCCACCCACAUACUGACACACACACAUAGAUAGCAGAACCUACUAGACAAAGUCAGGAAGUGACAUCACCUACAGGAAGAGAAGGCAAAUACUUUUUUUUUCUCUUUUAGUGUGUUGUCUGUUUUCCUGAGGGAAGUUGGAGCCCCUUAAGACCGUUAGCAACUAGCAGAGAGAAAAUUCAGAGGACCUAGAGGGGGCAGAGUCACUGAAGCAGGCUUUCACAGGGAGUUUAGAAUCAAAGGAUCCAGACACUCGAAUCCUCCCUGAACUUCCCACAACUCUCCACCACAUUCCAAACACUCCGCUGCAGGAUUUCGGCCAGUGUCAUCGCACCAAAUGAAAACAAGAACUCCUUGCAGUCUUUACACGACAGUCGCUGACCACCUGUGACCUGAUUCCAAGAGCUGAAAUCCGACCGGUUCCCCUCUCCCAGGAAGGCUACACGUUCUCAUACUCCAACCUAACUAUUUUUCACCGUUGCGCAUUCUCCCCUUAUCUCAGGGGAAAUAACUGAGUCAAUGGCAUUGUGUCUUGGUCAAGUGUUUAGCAAAGACAAAACAUUUAGGCCAAAGAAGCGCUUUGAGCCCGGUACGCAGCGGUUUGAACUGUACAAGAAGGCCCAGGCUUCGCUCAAAUCUGGCUUGGACCUGAGGAAAGUAGUUCAGCUCCCAGAAGGCGAGAACCUCAAUGACUGGAUUGCUGUUCACGUGGUGGAUUUCUUUAACAGAAUUAACCUAAUCUAUGGCACAGUGAGCGAGUACUGCAGCGAGCGCACGUGCCCUAUCAUGUCUGGGGGACUGAGGUAUGAGUACAGAUGGCAGGAUGGUAAAGACUACAAGAGACCCACCAAGCUGCCUGCUCUCAAGUACAUGAAUCUGCUGAUGGACUGGAUAGAGUCACUAAUCAAUAAUGAGGAAAUCUUCCCCACAAGAGUAGGUGUGUGUGAGGAGUUUACAAAUGAAACCAUCGGACUGCUCUUGAGAGUACCUUUCCCCAAGAACUUCCAGCAGGUGUGCAAGAAGAUCCUGAGCCGUCUCUUCCGGGUGUUUGUGCACGUUUACAUCCAUCACUUUGACAGCAUCUGCAGUAUGGGUGCAGAGGCCCACAUCAAUACUUGCUACAAACACUAUUAUUAUUUCAUCUCAGAGUUCAACCUCAUUGAUCACUCUGAACUGGAGCCUCUGAAAGAGAUGACAGAGAAGAUAUGCAAUUAGACAAAGCCACAUGGACAAAGGAGUUUACAUUAUGACGUUAUCUGAGCCCCUUGAGAAAACUUCCGCAUCAAAACACUCCAGACAGAGUGUAUGAGUGGUUUCCAAGCAUAUACGACAUGGCCCAUAAACUCAGUAGACUUCUGCAGAUGGUGGCAAAGUUCCUUUACAGAACUUUUCACUUCACAUUCAUUAUGGUGCUGUGAGUUUCCUCGUUAUUAUUCUGUAUUGUUUUAUACACUGCAUCUCCUGUACUCUGUCUUUCCUCUUGUGCAUGUAUAUGUUUUAUCUUCGUGUAAGUUUUGAUGCAUUGUUUGUUUUCUUGUUGACCAGAGUUUGUAUUUUGUACGAUGUGUUUUUACUGUUUAAAAUCUGAUUUAAGGGCAUAAAAGUUCUUCCCAUCAGUCA